UUACAUGGUACCAGGAGUGGUCCAACAGAUGUCAUGGAAAGUGUGAAGCCGCCUGAACCUCUGAAUUGGACGGGAAAUGUGGACUGCGAGUGGCGAACGUUUAAGCAACGAUUUAAGCUGUAUCUGCAGGCACUGGGCCUGGACACAAAGCCAGACGCGCGGAAAAUAGCACUGCUUCUCACCGUCGCGGGACCUCAGGCUGUGGAGGUAUAUAAUACGUUCAUAUUUGCUGAAAGGGAUCACCAGGAACAGUUCGACAAGGUUGUGGAAAAAUUUGAUGAACACUGUUCACCAAAGAAGAACGAGACCUUCGAGCGGUAUGUGUUUCGAUCCCGCAUGCAAUUGCAAGGUGAAAGUUUUGAUGCUUUUGUGACGGACUUGAAAUUGAAAGCAAGAACAUGUAACUUCGGAGACUUGAAAGACUCAAUGAUUCGUGACCAAAUAGUGUUCGGAGUGAUCGAAAAAAAAAUGAGAGAGAGGUUACUACGGGAGCCUGAACUGAAGUUAGCUGAUGCUAUCAAAAUUGGCAACGCCAGCGAACUUGCUCAGCAGCAUGCAAAAAUAUUUAGCGGUCAGAAGGAUCAGGAGAGUGCAACGACGCACGUGGCUGCAGUGCAUAAGCAAAUUCAAAGACAGAAAAAACAGAGUAAACCACAAAAAGACACAGAGACAUUUUCCUGCAAAAGAUGUGGCAAUCAGCAUGCACCUAAACAGUGCCCUGCAUUUGGCAAAAUGUGUAGCAAAUGUAAAGGAAAGAAUCACUUUGCCAAGCAAUGCUUUUCAAAAUGGAAACAGAGUGGCAGUGAUCGAGUCCACACAGUGGAGGAAACGGAGCUUGCUGAUUCGUUCUUUGUCGGCAUGGUAGCGCAGCAUGAGGAUGGCAUGGCAGCACAGCCAAAAGACAUUGGACAGUGCACAAAUGCAACCUGUGCUGGAAAGGACAAGUGGAGUGUGCCACUGGAGAUAAAUGGUGCAGUCAUUCCGCUGAAGUUAGACACAGGGGCAAAGGCCAAUUUGAUCAGUGAAUGUGACAUCAGAGCAAUGAAGGUGAGACCACGCAUCCAUCCCAGCCCAGUGAAGCUCAAAGCCUACAAUGGACACAACAUUGACACAAAAGGCACAUGCAAACUAAAAGUGAAAAUUAAAGAAAAAGAGCAUCACCUUAUGUUUGUAGUUGUUCCGGAUGGACAUGACUCAUUAUUAGGUGACACUGCAUGUGAAAAUUUAGGCUUAGUGAGGAGGGUGUACUGCAUUAACAAUGUCAAUAGCCAGACCAGUGUGGAGACAAUAGUGAACCAAUACCCAGACAUCUUCAAGGGGUUUGGAGUCUUACCAUUCACCUACAAGAUACAACUGAAGGAUGAUGCACAGCCAGUCGUCCAUGCUCCCAGGCGCAUUCCAGCUCCCCUACGAGGAAAGCUGAAACAAGAACUGGAUAGAAUGCUGUCAUUGGGUGUGAUAAGGAAAGUAGAAGAGCCAACAGAAUGGGUGAAUUCGAUGGUGUGUGUCAGAAAAACGAAUGGAGAACUACGUGUGUGCAUGGAUCCAAAAGAUCUGAAUAACAACAUAAAAAGAGAGCAUUAUCAAAUACCUACCAGAGACGAGAUAACAAGCGAGAUGGCCGGUGCCAAAUACUUCAGUAAAUUGGACGCCUCUCAAGGCUUCUGGCAGUUAAAGCUGCAUGAGGACAGUACAAAGUACUGCACUUUCAAUACACCGUAUGGGCGCUACUGCUUCCAGAGAAUGCCUUUUGGCAUAUGCUCCGCUCCAGAAGUAUUCCACCGAACAAUGGAGCACAUCAUAGAGGGCAUUGAAGGUGUACGUGUGUAUGUUGAUGAUCUGAUCUUAUGGGGAUCUACUCUUGAGCAACACAACGAAAGGCUCAUCAAAGUGCUUCGGAGAGUCCAGAAGUACCAGCUGAAGCUGAACAGAUCGAAGUGUCAGUUUGGUGUGAACGAAAUCACCUUUCUUGGUGAUAAGUUGUCAGCAGCCGGUGUUGAACCGGAUAGAAGCAAGAUCAAAGCAAUACUGGACAUGCCAAGACCUGAAGACAAAAAAGGUGUGCUGCGGGCACUAGGCAUGAUCAAUUUCAUUGGAAAAUUCAUACCAAACUUAUCCUCCAAGACAGUGCACUUACGAGAGCUACUGCGUGACAGGUGUGAGUUCAAGUGGACAUCUGAACAUGAGGCAGAAUGGUCCCGUCUGAAAACUACUCUCACCACAGAGCCAGUGUUGACGUUUUUCGAUCCAUCAGAAAGGAUAAAGAUAUCCACCGACUCAUCAAAGGAUGGCAUUGGAGCCGUUCUGCUGCAGACAUCUGGAGAAGACUGGAAGCCCGUCGCCUAUGCGUCGAGAACGAUGACAAGUGCUGAGUGCCGCUACGCUCAAAUUGAAAAAGAGUGUUUGGGACUGGUGUACGGUUUCCAGAAGUUUCAUGGCUAUGUGUAUGGCCUACCAAAGUUUGUAGCAGAGACAGACCACAAGCCGUUAAUAGCCAUCAUCAAGAAAAACCUCAGUGAAAUGUCACCACGCAUUCAAAGGCUCAUGAUGAAGCUACAACGUUAUGAUUUUGACCUGAUUUACACACCUGGAAAACACAUAGUGGUAGCUGAUGCUCUGUCUAGGGCAGUCACACAGAGCGAGGAGCAUGACGAGUGUUCCACGGAAAAGGAAGUGAAUCUUCAUGUAAACCUGAUCACUGAGACACUGCCCAUGUCUGACAUGAAAUCCAGGCUGAUCGCGGAUGAAACAAAGAAGGAUGUCGGUCUGCAGAGAGUCAUCCAGCUGAUGAAUGAGGAUUGGCCACGGGGUGAGUGUCAACAAUAUUACAACAUUAGAGGGGAGCUGAGUUUGGUUAAUGGACUGCUGUUGCGGAAGAACAGAAUAGUCAUUCCUCAGUCUCUGAGACCAGACAUGCUUAAAAGAUUACAUGAAGGGCAUCUAGGAAUGGAAAAGUGCAAGAGAAGGGCUAGAACCUCGAUCUAUUGGCCAAGCAUAAAUGCUGAUAUAGACAGGAUGGUGUCAAGAUGUGCCACAUGUCUAAAACAUCAAGCAAAGCAGGCAAAAGAGCCCAUGGCAAUCACAGAGAUACCUGACGAGCCCUGGCAAAAAGUUGGGACUGAUUUGUUCUACUUGGAUGGAAAGAAUUACCUGCUGGUAAUCGACUACCUAUCCAACUAUCCAGAAAUUGCACUGCUUCCCAACAUGUCAGCGGCCUGUGUGAUUAAGCACAUGAAAUCUAUCUUUGCCAGACACGGGAUUCCUCAAGUUGUGUACAGUGACAACGGUCCCUCCUACAGCUGCAAAGAAUUUCAGGAUUUUGCGCAAGAAUAUGACUUUUGUCAUGUGACUUCGAGUCCCCUGUAUGCCCAAUCAAACGGAAAGGCAGAGAAAGGUGUGCACAUAGUCAAACAGCUGCUCAAGAAAGCACAAGAAAGUCAUUCAGAUCCAUACUUAGCUCUGCUGAGUUAUCGAGCUUCGCCUCUUGAGCAUGGCCUGUCCCCUGCAGAAAUUCUUAUGGGACGCAGAUUACGCACUACACUUCCCCACACCUCUGAACAGAAACAGAAGGAAGUGAAACAAAAACAAAAAGAUCUUCAAAAGAGACAAAAAGCAAAUUAUGACAAGUCAACAAAAAGCUUAGUACCACUGGCUAGGCAUGACACCGUGAGAAUACAUGAUUCCAGCACCUGGAGCAAGAAAGCAACAGUUCUUGAAGAAGUGAGUCCAAGAUCUUAUAAUGUCAAAACAGAAGAUGGUCAAGUCCUCAGAAGAAAUCGACGGAGUCUACUAAAAACACAAGACACCUGGCAGGAACAGACAGAGGAAGAUUCUGAGGGAGAUCCAGCCUCCACCACAUCAGAGGAUCCACUGCCAGAUGAUCACCAGAGGGCUGUAGAGACUGACUUGCCAGUGCUGAGAAGAUCAUCGCGCCCUGUCAAAGCACCUGACAGGCUGAAUCUAUAAGGACUAUGAGCUGUAUCCUUUUCAGUGAAGCUAGAGUUCAUGUUUAUGUUGUUUAUGGAGUAAUGUUAAGCUGAAAAGAAGAAGAAAAAAAUCAAUGGGUUCAUAGUCAUAUGUGAGUGUUAAAAUAAUAUAAAAUACUUGGUGUGUGAUGUUUUCAUCUCAAGAAAAAGGGGGAUGUAAUGAUAAGUAAUGUUAAGUUAAUGAGUUGCAGUUCUACCCCCUGCCACCAGAGGGCUGCAGAUAUAAUGUAUUCCCCGGAUGUGUGUAGGUGUGUUAGAAGUCAUCACGGACGAAUAAGAGUGAUGACAGCGUACCUGUAUGGAUGCUUACACCAUCGUUAAUAAACGUGUUCAGUGAAGAA